AUGCCUCGUCCGGGGAGAAACACGUACAGCGACCAGAAGCCUCCGUACUCCUACAUCUCCCUCACGGCCAUGGCGAUCCAAAGCUGUCCCGAGAAGAUGCUUCCCCUCAGUGAAAUCUACAAGUUCAUCAUGGAUCGAUUCCCGUAUUAUAGGGAAAACACUCAGCGGUGGCAAAACUCUUUGCGCCACAAUUUGUCUUUUAACGACUGUUUCAUCAAGAUCCCCCGGCGCCCAGACCAGCCAGGUAAGGGCAGUUUCUGGGCUCUGCACCCAAACUGCGGGGACAUGUUUGAGAACGGAAGUUUUCUAAGACGCAGAAAAAGGUUUAAGGUGUUGGCCGCCUCUGACACUUUGAUCCCCACCAAGCAGUCGGAUGCUGCGCAUUACCUACAGCAGCAAGCCAAACUGAGACUGAGCGCCCUGGCAGCCACUGGCACACACCUGCCCCAGAUGUCAACCUACAACCUCGGAGUUUCCCAGUCGACCACCUUCAAGCACCCGUUCGCCAUCGAGAACAUCAUCGCCAGAGAAUACAAGGUCCCAGGGAGUCUGGCGUUCUCCACCAUGCAGUCCAUGUCCGCCGGCUACCCGCUGCACAACCAGCUGACGACAGCCUGGCCCCACAUGUACAACAGCAGCGUGAUUGACACGGCGGCCCCGAUCUCCAUGGCGAGCAGCGACUACAGUGCAUACGGCGUGCCCAUAAAGUCCCUGUGUCACGGAGGACAGUCCUUGCCGGCCAUCCCCGUGCCAAUCAAGCCCACGCCGACAUCCAUGGCCGGAUUCUCCGCGCUCCCUGCCCACAUUCCCACCUUCCUAUCGAACUCCCCGCAGUCUCUGAGCCCGACCUCCCCACAGACAGCGACCAGCCAAAGCAGCCCCGCAACUCCGAGCGAGACUCUGACGAGCUCCUCCGCGCUGCAGUCCGUGGCCGUGCAUUGA